CAACAAGUGACAUCUGUGCGGUGUAUUGCUCACAGUGUUAUUCGUUUCUUUUAUCUUUAUUUUAUUUUCACUGUGUUGUGAAAAUAUCGUGUGACUUGUGCGUGCCUUGAAAGAGCUUGCGUCGCUCUCCCGAGAAAUCGCCGAGAGAUUUCUCUUCGUUACAACUUCGUCACAGUUUAAUCUAAUUCCAAGUUUCGUUUCAACCAAGUGGAUCGAUAUCGCAUGAAAUGUGUCUGUGACGUAAUUUGUGCGCAUUUAGAUAAAACUUGAUGAUAACAUCAUCGAUUAUCGUCGCAAUGUCACCGGCCGGUAGUCACGUGUGAAAGCCAGGCGCGACUUUCGAAAUGUAUGAGAACCUGUUCAAGAACCCGCUGCAUCGGGUAUUCGUAUACGGCACCCUGAAACGAGGAGAGCCCAACCACAGCAUCAUAAAGGAUGUCGCGAACGGAUACGCGAAGUUUCUCGGUAUCGCCAAGACGACGACGUCGUAUCCCCUGGUGAUCGCUACCAAAUACAACAUACCGUUCCUGCUGAAGAAACCGAACGUCGGCAAUCAUGUGCAGGGGGAGAUAUACGAUGUGGACUCUACGAUGCUGAAGAAACUGGACGAGCUGGAAGAGCACCCCGCCUUUUACGAACGCACCGAGGAAGAGAUCCUACUAGCCCCGGAGGCUAUGCUGAAGCCUGGGAGGACUUUCGAGGAGAUCAGCGAGCUGACGAGAGCGUGGAUAUACUUUCUGCCGAGGUACAAUCCUUCGCUGUUGGAUGGCCCCAUGUACGUGUCUUACAGCAACAACGGGCAACACGGGCUGAAAUAUUGCGAGAAGUAUGUUCGCGAUCCGUCUUACGAUCACAGGAAAGAAGUACAGUAAAAUCAACGCCGGCUCGCGGCUUUUAUCUCGUGUUGCAGCGACGAGGACUCGUCGAGCAUUAACGACGUUCUUUGAACUCGUCUCGGUCUCGGGCGCACGGAAUUAUCCUUACGGAAUUAACAUAAUUUCGUCUCAGUCGCAUAAUGAGAAUGACCCGAAAGAGCCGUUCCGGAAGAGUGACGAUUUAAUCUCGGCUAAUAGCGAUUCGGCAUCGGUUGCUGUAGCGCUUGAUAAAAUGCGGACCCGACGAGUUCAGCCGAAGGAUCG